GCAGCUAAGGAAAGACGUCGAGCUUUUUUUGAUAUAACUAUAGAUGGAAAGGUAGCAGGUCGUAUUGUUUUUGAGCUUUUUAACGAUGUAGCCCCAAAAACCUGCGAGAAUUUUUUAUUGCUUUGCACCGGCACAGCAGGAAAUGGAAAGCUUAGUGGCAAGCCAUUACAUUACAAAGGUUCCACGUUUCAUCGAGUAAUCAAGAAUUUUAUGAUACAGGGCGGAGAUUUUACUAAGGGUGAUGGCACUGGAGGAGAGUCAAUCUAUGGCGGCAUGUUUGAUGAUGAAGAAUUCGUCAUGAAACACGAUGAACCGUACUUACUUUCAAUGGCUAAUAAAGGUCCAAACACAAACGGGUCUCAGUUUUUUAUCACAACUAGCCCAGCAGCUCAUUUAAAUAAUGUCCACGUAGUUUUUGGAAAGGUAGUUUCUGGCUUUGAAGUAGUUAAGGAAAUUGAACAUUUAAAGACAAAUCAGAAGUAUCGUCCUUUGGCAGAUGUAGUUAUCUUGAAUUGUGGUGAGCUAGUUCGCAAAACUAAAAAACGGCAGAAGUCGUCAAUGUUAAAUUUUCGUUUAUUUUUUGAUUGUUACUUUGAUCGCGACAGAAGUCGUACGCCACCGCAUUGGCGAAGAGAACAGGUCAGAGCGUUUUUUGUGUUAGUAAGUGGCCGCUGCUGUGCCAUUCUUUUUAUAAAGUUUUCUUUUCAGAAUCGUUUGAUUACACUAGAUGAAUUGCAAAAAAGAAGGGAGAGGGCGCAGGAUGUUACUCUGUCUGGAAGCAAUGAAAAGAAUGAUGAAACUGAGAGCUCUCGUAAACGGUCUCCUAAGAUUGUUGGUGGCAAGUCUACAGGUCAUUCACAUAAGACGAGUGAGAAGCUUGUAUCUGCUCAGGUCAAUGGAAAAAGAGAGGACUCUUCGAAGAACUCAAAGAAAGGGAAGCGGGCAGAAUCUGAUGGAAAACCAACUGAAGUUGUUCAUGCAGCUAAAGUGAUCUCAAAGAAAUCGAAUUCUCAGAAAAGUGGACCAGAUGAAAUUGAUGAGGAACGGAAACAUCAUAAAAAUGCAGAAGAUAAAGAGCCUAAAACGGCGCUUUUGGAACAGCAUGAAAUCACUGCGAAGGAAUCGGGUAUUUCAAAGGACAUAUCUUUGGAAGUGAAUGAUGUUUCAAGGGAAAAACAGAAUGAAUCAGGAAUGAACUUGCGGAAUAAGAGUGAGGGCCACGACGACAGUUUUAAGAAGGUGGUUAUAGACGAUGGGAAAACAGAAGAGAAGAAGAUAACCGUGGAAGAGCCUUCCCUUACAACUCGUCAUUCUGGAGAAAAAUCGCCUGAAGGCGAGAUAUCAGAAAAAAUAGUAAGUGAAAAUAUUCUGUUUUUAAAGCAUUUCUUUUAUGCUAAAUAA